AUGGCUGGAGAUAGGAGUAAAGGCCAUGCCGCCAAAAACCAUUUCAUCGCUGCUACUGGAGAGUUCGUCGGCACCUUCUUCUUCCUCUACUUCGCGUUCGCAGGCCAGCUCAUGGCAUUUGACCAAGCGAGUGACAAGGGCCCAAAUGGAAGCAACAGUGCCUCAACAGUCGUCUAUAUCUCUCUAAGCUAUGGCAUGUCGCUUUUGGUCGCCGUGUGGAUCUUGUUCAGAAUUAGUGGAGGACUCUUCAAUCCAGCUGUUACACUUGGCAUGGUCGUCGCUGGCCAACUCCCUUGGUUCAGAGGUCUGUGUCUCUUCCCAGCUCAGCUGCUCGGAGGCAUGGUCGCUGCUGCUUUGGUGAGCUGUAUGAUCCCAGGUGACAUUGCCGCCACACGUACCACUCUGGCUCCCGGCAUGUCUGAAGCACAGGGCGUAUUCUUCGAGAUGUUCUUAACAGCCUUCCUUGUCUUUACCGUUCUCAUGCUUGCGGCUGAGAAGUCGAAGACUACGUUCCUUGCUCCUCUCGGUAUUGGAUUAGCUCUCUUUGUUGCUGAGCUCGCAGGUGUUUACUACACUGGAGGUAGUUUGAACCCUGCAAGAUCGUUCGGUCCAUGCAUUGCUGCCGCCAGCUUCAAUCAUGCCCACUGGAUUUACUGGAUAGGUCCAAUCAUGGGUGCUCUGAUCGCUGCAGGCUACUACCGCUUCUGCAAGUACUUCAACUAUGAGGAGGCAAACCCUGACCAGGACGAUGCUGGUGCGGAUGAGAUUGUGUAA